CAAUCUCGUCAAAGCGUCGAAAGGAGGAGAAGUGCCUCCUUUGUGUUCGAGCAAAUGCUGUAGAUAAGAUGUUGACGGAACAAGGGGGUGAGAGCUCCGCGGACGGGGCUGGGGAAGCGGGAGCGCGUCAAGGAUGAUGUUUCCGCGGCUGGAAGAGCACGAGCAGUCUCCCCCUCCAAUCCCAUUCCUCUUGGACUUUCAUCUCUCUCUACCUAAGACUUCACUCGAUAUUAUUCCCACCUUAUCUUUCUGGGAUUAACCUCUCUCCAUACACCCCACUCAUCUCCCUCUCGGUUACCUCGUCGCCCUCGUUAUUCAUCUCAACGCUGCUUCUACAGAUGAAGAUCUUAUACCAGUCCAUUAAUCCAAAUGGGCAACCAGCAUGCCCUCUUAAAGGUUCUGCCAUGGAUGCCUGUCAACAACGUUUUCAAAUGGGUCUGCCUCUGCAUGGUGUUUCCUCCCUGAAGGCAUGCCCAUUAAGCUCGUUGAAGAAGGCCUCUGUCACCAUUGCAGGCAGGGAAUCCAGACACGGACGGCCUUCAUAUGCUGUAUCUGAUGUUGGAACCGACCCUGAUGCACGCAUUGACAUAUUCAAUGGAUCCACCAGUAGCAUUUGCAAUCUUUCUCAUUCACUCAUAUACGAACACGAAGUUGGGCAUGUCGAAAAUUGCAAUAUGCCGGUGUGCGGCCUGGAGUUUCAGCCCUUAACUCCGAGUUUCAUGCAUGCUAUCAUGGAGGAAGAGAAGUUCAGUGUGACACAAGAUGCCAGCAAAGAGGGCGAUCAAAACUCUUCCAAGCCAAGUGAUGUUCUUGUCAUUUCUGUCUCUUCUGCUGUGAAAUUGGAUGAUAGGCAGAUCAAUCUCAUCUCAAGAAAGAUGCAGAGGCUGACAGGGUUCAGAAAAUUGAGACUGGAAAACAUUGUCGAUCCAUCGCUGAUUGCAGGCUUUGUCAUUAGCUACUGUGACGAUGGGUCACAUAUUAUUGAUCUGAGCGUGAAAGGUCAGUUGGCUAUGCUCGCAGCAAGGCUUGAAUCCUCAGAUCAGAAGAGUGCUAACACAGUUGGAGAUUUCCUGACAGCAUGAAUUGAACUGCAUCAAGUAAAUACUCACUAGUUAAAACCAUGAACUAAGACACUAGGAAGAGGCUUGAUCUUGUUCUGUUCAGAUCUAAGUUUUUAGUCUAAGAGAUGUGUAUACUGGUAGGAUGUUAACUUUUUUGUGUAUUAAUAGUAAAUAUAUCAAUGGAGUUUCUAAUAUCCAUCAAAUGCAUGAGAUUGCAACACAGACAGGAUUUUCAUGGGACCAAAUGUGUGGAAAUAUGCAUGUUCAUUUGGUGGUAGAUUUCUGCAGCCUAAAAACUCUUUGCAUACACUUUUGAACCCCAAUGUAAGAUUGGUAGAAAUUGAAGUCAAUUAGAUUCCUACCUA